GCCCCUUGGCCUCCACUGAUGGUGGGCGGAUGAGUAAUGCGUCCAGGAAGCUUGGAGGCCUGUGGUUUCCGCACUACUGCCACCCCCGCCCCUCGAGUGGACAUUUAUCCUCCGCUGCUCUGGCCCUGCCGCCAUCACUGCAGACCCAGCGCCCAGAGAAGCUACACCGAAGAGCCCACUAUGGCCCCCUUUGCGCCCCUGGUCUCCGGCAUCCUGUUGUUGCUGUGGCUGGCAGCCCCCAGCAGGGCAUGUACCUGUGCCCCACCCCACCCGCAGAUGGCCUUCUGUAGCUCCGACCUUGUCAUCAGGGCCAAGUUCGUGGGGACCGCAGAAGUCAACCAGACCACCUUAUACCAGCGUUACGAGAUCAAAAUGACCAAGAUGUUCAAGGGGUUCAGUGCCUUGGGGGAUGCCCAUGACAUCCGGUUCGUCUACACCCCGGCCAUGGAGAGCGUCUGUGGAUACUUCCACCGGUCUGAGAACCGCAGCGAGGAGUUUCUCAUCGCUGGACAACUGUGGAAAGGGCACCUGCACAUCACCACCUGCAGUUUCGUGGCUCCCUGGAACAGUCUGAGUUCUGCUCAGCGCCGGGGCUUCACCAAGAUCUAUGCCGCUGGCUGUGAGGAAUGCACAGUGUUUCCCUGCUCAUCAAUUCCCUGCAAACUUCAGAGUGACACUCACUGCUUGUGGACAGACCAGAUCCUCACAGGCUCUGACAAGGGCUUCCAGAGCCGUCACCUUGCCUGCCUGCCACGGGAGCCAGGGAUGUGCAACUGGCAGUCUCUGCGGCCCCGGAUCGCCUGAAUUCUGCCCCCAGCAGAAGCCAAAACCUGCACAGUACUCACCCCCUUUCCACCUCCUGUCUUUCUUUCUUUUAGACAAUGAAAUAAAGACCUACCACUCAGCA